AUGCUUACUCCGUUUCGUGAGGUCCCCUAUUCCUCUCCGCCAGGGUUCUCAGCUCGACCACCACCGCUUUGUCGGGCCCUGUUUCGUGCUCUUCCUUUCUCCCUCUUCCUCAUUACUCGGGCUAUUCACGUCAACCUCCAUGGCAGGAUCAGAUCGGCUGGGAGCCGACAGUUGUCGCGACACGAGUUGCCACUCCGUCGUCACGUCUGCAACCCUCUGGCCUUAGCGCCGGAUGAGUUUUGGUGA